CGCAGCGGCGGACGUGGACGCGUGCCGCUGCCGCCGCCGAUGAGCAGCAUUUUCGCGCGCGGGAAUCUCGACCGCCAUCCCGGAGGCGAUCGCCGAUCUCGUGGCGCGACGGUGGAACUCUGGACGGAGCGAUCGUCUCGUUCGUCGUCGCCCUUGGCGUCGAUCGAGAGAAAUGACGACACGUUGUCGUCCACCAAGGUGGGACGAUCGACGCCACUGUGUGGACCACACCGAAGACGGGGACACGCUGCGCUGGCGCAUCUGAUUAACGACCGCUCGAUAUCGCCGGAAGCGCUCGAAACGCGUAUCGCGCGGGCGUGCGCGCGAAAUAACGUUUUUUUUAAAUAUUGCGGCGCGACGAAAAUCCGGAAUAAAUUGAGUCGAAUGCGAACACUUCCAGCCAAAUUAAAGGAUGGUCAGACUGAACGCGAAUAUUCAUCCGAGUCUGUCAGAGAUGAUGACAGAGAAUUUAAGGCGGAGGAACGUGGUCACAGUCGUGGAUUUCGUCUCGACGGAUCCAAUUAAAUUGACGAACUUCACUGGUCUUUCUCACGCGGAUAUAUUGCAAAUAAAGGGCCACAUAUUGAAAAAGUUUAGUGGCGUAAAGAAGAAUGCAAUGCAGCUUCUUGCAAUAGAACGUAGCCAUGUAAUUCCAACCAGUGUAACAUGUUUGGACGAGUUGUUGAAAGGUGGCCUACAUCCCGAACAGUUGUGCGAAUUAUGCGGGCCCUCAUCCUCCGGGAAGACUCAAUUAUGCUUCACGAUAGCAGCUAGCGUCGCCAGUCGGUCGGAUGGCGCUGUAUGGUAUUUCGACACAAAGAGAGAUUUCUCCAGGUUACGAUAUGAAGAAAUUAUGAAGGCGAGGAAUUUCAGCCAAAAGGUCAUUGAAGAUGCACUGUGCAAUACAAAAGUUUGUCGUAUCAAUUCUUCCCAUGAAUUGAUACGAGCUCUGCGACAAUUGGUAACUUUUUGCAAACAGAAGCAGAAUGAUACGUCUUCCGAAAGGAGAAAGGACCUCCUCGUGAUCAUUGACUCAUUACCAGCAGUUAUUUUUAUGGUAACGCGAAACAUGCAACAAAAUGAUCUCGAGACAAUUUACGAGCUUGAUGAUUUGGUAGAAGUAUGUCGGUUUCUCGCGAGAGAGUGCCAGGCGGUCAUUAUUACUGUGAACUCAGUCACUCAAUGGAAUUCUCCAGGGCAAACGAAACCCGACAAUAUAACACCUGCGUUGGGAAAAUAUUGGUCGAGAAUACCAGCUAUAAGAUUAUUGAUAACAAAGCAAUAUGGUGAAACUCGGAAGAUUACCAUUUGGAAGAAUCUGAGAUUAAAGGAGUAUUCGUUUUGCACUGUAACUAUAAGCAGUAUCGGAAUCACAUCGCAAUAAGCCAUGAAAGAACGGAAGAAGGACAGCGCUCACCAUCUUGAAGCAUCAACGUACCUUCUGACACGUACCUUCUACUAAUAUUUAUUCGCUCAGGAGUUUCUUUAUAUCAAAACAUGCUUAUCCUCUUCGGGCAAUAUCGUCUCGACUCGUUUGCCGUUACGGAUGUACAAUAUUCGAUUUGACCGUUGAAGCUUUGUCUCUUUAAUGUAAACAAUUAAUAGGCUUGGUGGUGACGUUUAUAUCUCGCUGUAAAAAUAUAUGUUGAAUGUUAUGCUUUUCCUAUUAGAA